GAGUGCGACUAUCGCCCCCCUCACAUCCACCCCCGCCAGAACCAGUUGCAUUGCGUCGUGGCCACCCACCAGUCUUGACCGCUACGAAGUACAGCCCGGGAGGCUUGCAGUGUUUGGUGGCCUGAUUGAUAUACAUUGACGGCCUGGUCCCGCCUACUUUUCCAUCCCCCUUAUCUAUUCAUCCAUCUAUAUCGUUUUCCUUUCCCCUCUUUCUCGUCAUCUUUUUCAUUGUACGGACGCUUCUGCUCUCGACUGUUCAUCUCGACCGUCUCCAUCUCGCCGUUGCCUCUCCACUACAGAGCCAUGCAGCCCAAUCACUAUGACCUACUGGGUCAGGUGCAGGAAGAGUCCCGACCGGGCGGUCCAGUGACGCGCGACGUUCAUCAUCAGAAUCCCCUUCAGUCACGCCCUCCGUCGGGUGUUGCUCCCACGAGAUCUGAAGAUUCGUGGAUUGAAGUCGCGUCCCAACCGUCUUCGUCCUCCCUCUCCUCGGCCGGCACCAGCGACGACAUCAUCACGACGGGCCUUCGGGUGGAGCAGGAUGGUUCCCGACCCUACCACCAGCGCAGUCGCCGACGUCGUCUGCAGCACCUGGCUGCCAUCACCGCCGCCGAGGUCGAUUAUUCUUCGCGGGAAGCAAGUAGCAGCCAGGAGGAAUAUGAUGAAAGCGAGAGCGAGUCAGAUCGGGUCCUCAGCAGUUCCAACGAAGAGAUGCCCCGUCGGUCUCUUGCCGUUCCAUCCCAGCCGCGAUCGGCGCCGUCUUCAUCGCCCUCCGAUGACGCCGGUCCGUCCAGCGACGAGGAUGACAACUCGACCGCCCUCGGAAUGCGCAUCAGCUCUUCGCCGUUUGUGCCCCAGCCCAAUGUCUUCUCGCAUCCCCCUGCAACCCGGGACCCAUCCUGGACACGGCCUGUAGACCGGCACCGUUCGCAGCCCAGCGACGUGUCAAACUGCAGUCGACGGACGGCGAUCCGGCGGAGCUCCCAGACCAGCAGCCAAUCCGCCCGACGCCGGUCGCAACAACACAGUCCCUACAACAUGAUCUCGCCGUCCUAUCAGGCCGACCACGAUGCCGCCCUUCGCGCCAGCCUGUCCACCUUACUCUCGUGUGCCGCCGCCGCUCGAGGCCUGCCAAAACCGGAGACGCAGCCCACACCGACCGGUCCCAGCAGCCGAGGCCAACCGUCAUCCUUCCGGAUGGUCUCUGAGUCGGUCGCGAUGGGCGAGGAAGUCAUGGAACAGGAGACCCCGUCCGCCCCCGAAACUCCAGGUGCCGCCCAGGCUCCGCGGUCCGCACCCCAAGCACAGCCCGUGGCACCGGGCACCCCCAGAGGGAAACGCCGGUCGUCCGCCUCGAAAGACCGUGCCUCCAUCAAGAAGGGCCGACGGACGGCCACGAGCGAGCCUACAAACAGCCCCACCAUCAUGACCUGGGUGAUCAGCGCCGGGGUCGUGGUGCUUUUUUCCGCCAUCAGCUUUUCCGCCGGCUACGUGCUGGGUCGCGAGGUGGGGAGGAUGGAGGCCACAGGGGUUGGAUCCGUCAUGGGGGACGGUAGCCUCGCGAGCGGCAGGACGUCGGCCGCCUGCGGGCAGGAAGCCGUCCGGGGUGGUCUGAAGCAGUUCCGAUGGGGGUCGGGAACAUCUGGCUCUGGGAUUCUUGCAUAAUAAAGAGCUGGUUGAUGGAGUUACAUCUGCUGGUUCAGAUUGACAGGAUAUGCUAAUGGGGGAUAUGACUUCGAUCUGACCUUUCCGACCCAUCAUUCCUACGACGUUUACGGUUAUG